AUGAAACUGGAAAGUCAACUCAAUGAAUCAGGAUUCCUCAUUCAAGGAUUUUCAGAGUUUUCCCAGCUACAGACAACGCUUUUUAUAUUGUUCCUUAUAAUCUAUCUCAUUAUACUACUGGGGAACUUGUCAGUUUUUGCUGUAAUAUCAUUAACCCCUCACUUGCAAACACCCAUGUAUAUCUUCUUGAUGAAUCUUUCAUUCAUUGACAUUUCAUAUAGCUCAACGACACUGCCUAAACUAUUGCACACCUUAUACUCUCAGAACAAGCACAUCUCAUUUGUAGGGUGCAUGACUCAACUAUAUUUCUUUGCGACCUUUACUGCCACUGAAUUCAUGACUUUGACUUCAAUGGGAUAUGACCGUUACGUAGCUAUCUGUCACCCUCUGCAUUAUGCUCUCCGUAUGAGCCAUAGGCACUGUAUGUAUCUUAUAAGCGCACCGUGGAUCAUUGCUUUUGUGAACUCGACAGGACAUACUGUCCUGAUCUCUAAAUUAUCAUUUUGUGCAUCUCGUCUUAUUAAUCAUUUCUUCUGUGAUGUUACCCCGCUGCUGAAGCUAUCCUGCAGUGACACAUUUUAUGUGGAACUGUUGACAUAUAUUUUAGGGACACUGACGACCGUUAAUUCAUUUCUUUUGACUUCUGUUUCAUACAUCUUCAUCAUAUCUACAGUUCUUAACAUUCAUUCUUCAGAGGGUCAACAGAAAGCGUUUUCUACAUGUACAUCCCACGUAACUUGUGUGGUCUUGUUUUAUGGGACACUUAUCUGCUUGUAUAUGAGACCAACAUCAAACUAUUCUCCAAGUCGAGACAAGUUUUUUGCUCUUCUAUAUAUUGCAAUGAUUCCUUUGCUAAAUCCUAUUAUUUAUACACUUAAGAAUAAUGAAUUUCAGUAUGCAAUAAAAACACUUAGCAGAAGAGUAAUAUAUUUCCAUAGGAUAAUAAUAUAA